AUGUACAUCAGAGGGCGUGGAAAGAUCGGGUACCUGAUGGGAGACAAGAAGGCACCAGCAUCGGAGGACCCAACGUACGUGACCUGGGAUGCAGAAAAUUCAAUGGUGAUGACUUGGCUUGUGAACUCCAUGGACGAGGAUAUUAGCUCCAACUAUAUGUGCUAUUCCACGGCUAAAGAGCUCUGGGACAACGUGAAUCAGAUGUACUUUGAUUUGGGAAAUCAGUCUCAGAUCUACGAAUUGACUCUAAAACUUGGUGAGAUUCGGACUCCACUUCCUCCAAUUGGUGAAGUGUUUGUUGAGGUUCGAAGAGAAGAGAGCCGCAGACAUGUAAUGUUGGGGAAGAAGACUACCAGCGGACCUGUUGAAAGUUCUGCCCUUAUUGUUGCCGAGAUUGCUGCUAAUAAAGCAGUCAAUUUUCAACGAAAACCUGAAGAAAAGCCACGGGUUUGGUGCGACUUCUGCAACAAACCACGCCAUACUCAAGAGAACUGCUGGAAAAUCCACGAUAAACCAGCGAAUUGGAAAAGUAGCAAGCCUGGUGACAGAAAUAGGCGUGCGGUUCCUACUGCCAAUGAAGCUGAGACAGGUCCCUUAAGCAAGGAGCAGAUGAAUCACCUUCUGAAGCUGCUGAAAUUAAAUUCCUCAUCUGGUAUUCCUAAUGUUUCUCUUGCACAAAUAGGUAGUGCACUUAAUGCCCUUUCUUGUUGUUUAAAUUAUACUCCAUGGAUCAUCGAUUCUGGAGCCUCUGAUCAUAUGACCAGCCUUUCCAAUCUUUUUAGCACUUACUCACCAUGUUUUGGUCUUGAAAAAAUUAGAAUUGCAGAUGGUAGUUUCUCACCUAUUGCAGGAAAAGGUUUGAUAAAAUUAUCCGAAAAUAUAAAUCUUCAAAGUGUUCUCCAUAUCCCUAAACUAGCCUAUAACCUUUUGUCUGAUCGGAGCUCGAGGAAGAAGAUUGGCAGUGCUAAGAUAAUAGAUGGACUUUACUACUUUGAUGGGGACUUCUCCAGUAAUAAAAAGGCUCAGGGCCUUAGUAGUGUUUGGAUUGUUCAUCGUUCUAUUGUGAAAGUUGUUGCUUAUCUAAGAGUCAUCGGGGAGAAUGAGGUGAUGGAAGAAAAUUUUUUGGAUUUAUCUCCUACUCCUUUACCAAAUGUGAUUUUGACUCCUUCACCUUAUCUUACUGUUAUUCCCAAAAUUCAAAGUCAGGAACAAUGUGAUAAAACCAAUGAAAACAAUGAAGAGAAUCUUAGUUAUAUAGUGCCAAACAUUAUUGUAUCUGAAACAGGGGAAGAAUCACUACAACCGGGCAUAAAAGUUCCCAAUACUGAGCCUCUGGUUUAUACUCGGAGAAUACUUCAUCAAAAAAGUCAAAGUCAGCCUAUUCCUCUUGGAAUUGAUCAAUCUCAAUCUCCGGGAACUGGACUUCUAGAUAUCAUAGGUAAUUCUGAUCCUAACUCAUCUUCAGUUCCUAUUGCUUCUCCUACUCAAGAACCAUCAGACCUUGAUAUUCCUAUAGCUUUUACAAAAGGUAUUCGAAUCAAAUAUUCAAAUCCAAAAUAUCCCAUUGCCAAAUACCUUUCUUAUAAAAAACUCUCUCAUACUCAUAGGGCUUUUGCCUAA